AUGGAACUGAAAACGACACAGAUAGUCGUAAUUAUCCAGUGUGUGUGGUCAGUUCUGGGCAACACCCACAGUCACGGUCUUCCCAACAUAGUAUUUUUAUUCGUUGACGAUCUGGGAUACGGAGAUCUGGGUUGUUACGGACACCCAACUUCCAGUACCCCACAUAUUGACCAAUUGUCUAGAAACGGUCUGCAGUUCACUCAGUUUUAUGCUGCUAGUCCAUUAUGUUCCCCAUCCAGAGCAGCUCUAUUAACUGGAAGGCUGUCCCCAAGGACUGGUAUUUGGCCCAAUGUGUUUCUCCCUGAGUCUUCUGGAGGGUUGCAGCAUAACGAGACCACGCUGGCAGAGAUCCUGCGAGUGAAAGGAUACAAUACAUCUAUUGUUGGAAAAUGGCAUCUAGGAUUUGGCAAAAAUCAACAAUAUUUGCCAAUGAAUUAUGGAUUUAAUAGUUUCUUUGGAACUCCCUUCUCGCACGAUAUGUGCCCAUGUCUGAAGUGUUUCUACCCAUCUGAUCCUUGUUUUAACCAAUGUGACCUGUAUUACACUGGCUGUGCAUUAUUCCACAAUGAUAGAAUCAUUGAGCAGCCAGUAGACUUGACGAAACUUGAAGACAAGUUCAUCCAGAAGGCCACAGAUUUCAUCACUACUAAUGCAGUGAGCAAGACUCCAUUCUUCUUGUAUUAUUCCUUUCAACACACACAUCAUCCGCAGUUUGCAGGUCAUCGGUAUAGAAACAGUACCCUGCGGGGAAGCUUUGGUGAUUCACUUGCCGAAGUGGAUGAUAGUGUCGGUAAAGUAGUGCAACUCUUGAAAGACGUUGGAGUUGAAGACAAUACGUUUGUCUUUUUCACAUCAGACAAUGGGCCAAGUCUACGCAACAAACACCGCGGUGGCAACGCUGGGCCGUUAAAAUGUGGUAAAGGUACCACAUAUGAAGGUGGACAGCGAGUACCGGGCAUAGCAUACUGGCCAGGUAUGAUUAAACCUGGGAGAUCUAUGGAACUAGCAAGUACAUUAGACUUACUACCAACCAUAGUUAAACUUGUUAAUGGUACACUACCUAGAGUCGCCUUAGAUGGGGUUGACAUCAGAGAUGUUCUGUUUAACAGUGGAAAGAGUACACGAGAGUCAUUCUUCUAUAUCUCGCCAUAUUCAACACCCGAUUACCCAAUAUAUGCAGUCCGGUACAAGCAGUAUAAAGCACACUACUACACACAGGGGAGCAGCAACACAGACUUUACGCACGAUCCUGACUGUCCAGAAACCCAUAACCGCACAAAGCAGGUCCCACCACUGCUGUACGAUUUAAACCAGGAUCCGUCGGAGAUAUACAAUUUAAAUUUAGAUCCAGCCUAUACUGAUGUCUUGAUGCGAAUAGAUGACAUAAAGCGUGAAUUUGAAGCAAGUCUUGUAUGGGCAGAGAGUGAAAUAGGAAAACCAACAGACACAGCAUUGGAGCCUUGUUGUGCUCCGGGAUGCUCCCCUUUUCCUUCCUGUUGUCAGUGUCAUACGUCAAAUAAACUAUUAUUUCUCCCCGGACUUUGA